GGGGGGAGGGCCGGGCGGGGAGCGGCGGCCGCGCGCGAGGCCGAGGGAGGGGCGGCGGCGCGAGCGGCGGCGGCGGUUCCAGCAUGAAGAGGAGAGCUGGCCUGGGGGGCAGCAUGAGGUCAGUGGUGGGCUUCUUGUCCCAACGGGGCUUGCAUGGGGACCCCCUGCUCACUCAGGACUUUCAGAGGAGACGCCUGCGGGGCUGCAGAAACCUCUACAAGAAGGACCUCCUCGGCCACUUCGGCUGUGUCAAUGCCAUUGAAUUCUCCAACAAUGGAGGCCAGUGGCUGGUCUCAGGAGGAGACGACCGCCGAGUUUUGCUGUGGCACAUGGAACAAGCCAUCCACUCCAGGGUCAAGCCCAUCCAGCUGAAAGGAGAGCACCAUUCCAACAUUUUUUGCUUGGCUUUCAACAGUGGAAAUACUAAAGUAUUUUCUGGAGGAAAUGAUGAGCAAGUUAUCCUCCAUGACGUUGAAAGCAGUGAGACCUUGGACGUGUUUGCUCAUGAAGAUGCAGUAUAUGGCUUGUCAGUGAGCCCAGUAAAUGACAACAUUUUUGCCAGCUCUUCAGAUGAUGGCCGGGUUCUCAUUUGGGAUAUCCGGGAGUCUCCUCAUGGAGAGCCGUUCUGCCUGGCAAACUAUCCUUCAGCCUUUCACAGUGUCAUGUUUAACCCGGUGGAGCCCAGGUUAUUGGCCACAGCCAAUUCAAAGGAAGGAGUAGGACUUUGGGAUAUUCGAAAACCUCAGAGUUCUCUCCUGCGCUAUGGUGGCAAUCUGUCCCUCCAAAGUGCCAUGAGUGUGCGAUUCAACAGUAAUGGGACCCAACUCCUGGCCCUGAGGCGGCGUCUGCCUCCUGUUCUGUAUGAUAUCCAUUCUCGCCUGCCGGUGUUCCAGUUUGACAAUCAGGGUUACUUCAACUCCUGCACUAUGAAAAGCUGCUGUUUUGCAGGAGAUCGUGAUCAGUAUAUCCUUUCAGGCUCUGAUGACUUCAACCUGUACAUGUGGAGAAUCCCUGCAGAUCCAGAAGCAGGUGGCAUUGGCAGAGUGGUCAAUGGAGCCUUCAUGGUGCUGAAAGGGCACCGAUCUAUUGUUAACCAGGUCCGAUUUAAUCCACAUACCUACAUGAUCUGCUCUUCUGGUGUAGAAAAGAUUAUUAAGAUCUGGAGCCCAUACAAGCAGCCAGGAUGUACCGGAGACCUCGAUGGCCGCAUUGAGGAUGAUUCCCGUUGCCUCUACACCCACGAAGAGUACAUCAGCCUGGUGCUGAACAGCGGGAGUGGCCUGUCCCAUGACUAUGCCAACCAGUCCGUCCAGGAGGAUCCCAGGAUGAUGGCCUUCUUUGACUCCCUGGUCCGCCGAGAGAUCGAGGGCUGGAGCUCAGACUCGGAUAGCGACCUCAGCGAAAGUACCAUCCUCCAGCUGCAUGCAGGGGUCAGCGAGCGUUCGGGCUAUACUGACUCAGAGUCCUCAGCCUCGCUGCCUCACUCCCCACCCCCCACCGUGGAUGAGUCUGCUGACAGCGCCUUCCACCUGGGGCCCCUGCGGGUCACCGCCACACCUGCGGCAGCAUCUGCCCCACCAGCACCCACCUGUGAGGAUGCAGCCUCUCGCCAGCAGCGCCUGUCAGCUCUGCGGCGUUACCAGGACAAACGCCUCCUGGCCCUGUCCAAUGAGUCAGAUUCUGAGGAGAAUGCCUGUGAGGUCGAGCUGGACACAGACCUCUUCCCCCGGCCCCGCUCUCCCAGCCCUGAGGAUGAGUCCAGUAGCUCCAGCAGCUCCAGCAGUUCAGAGGAUGAGGAGGAACUGAACGAGCGCCGAGCCUCCACCCGGCAGCGGAAUGCUGCACGGAGGAGGCAGAAGUCACUUCGGGAGGAGAGGCCCACCGCGCCCGUCAAGCCCACCAGCACCUACAUUGGGGAGGACAACUGCGACUACCCACAGAUCAGAGUGGAUGACCUCUCCUCCUCCUCCCCAGCCUCCUCCCCAGAGCGGAGCACUUCCGCCCUGGAGAUUCAGCCCAACCGGGCAUCGCCAACCUCAGACAUAGAAUCAGUUGAGCGAAAGAUUUAUAAAGCUUACAAAUGGCUCCGUUACUCCUAUAUCUCCUACUCGAAUAACAAAGAUGGAGAGACCUCCCUAGUGGCAGAGGAGGCAGAUGAAGGGAGAGCAGGAACCAGUCACAAGGACACUUCUGCCCCCUCUUCUAGUAAAGAAACCUCUCUGAGCACAGCCAUGGUUCAGAUGAACCAGGACCCAUCUCCAGAAGGCUGCAGCAGAGAUGCUUGUAAAGAGGGGACUUCCAGUCGAAGUCCUAGCAGUGGCCCAGGCCAUGAGCACAGCAGCCACUCUCGGGCAGAGGCACCAGAGGGCACCUCUCAGGACACUAACAACGGGGGCUCUGUAGAGCACUCAUUUGAAACAAAGAAGCUCAAUGGAAAGGCCCUGAGCAAGGCCCUGAGCAGUCGGGCUGAAGAGCCAGCUUCUCCCCCUGUCCCCAAGGCAUCGGGGUCCACUCUCAGCAGUGGAUCUGGCAACUGUUCUAGGACCCAGUCUGAUGACAGUGAGGAGAGGAGCCUAGAAACCAUCUGUGCCAACCACAACAAUGGACGCUUACACCCCCGGCUCCCUCACCCCCACAACAAUGGGCAGAACUUUGGGGAGCUGGAGGCAGUAGCCUACUCUUCCCCAGGACACUCAGACACUGAUCACGAUAACUCACCCCUGACGGGGACUCUCAUACAAAAAGAUUGUUGUGGGUCUGAAAUGGCCUGUGAGACCUCCAGUGCUGCAACAAGAGAGGACCCCACUGACACCUCAGCCACAGACAGCGGCAGGGCUGUCCAUGGCCAUAGUGGCCUCAAAAGGCACCGAGUUGAGUUAGAAGACACAGAUUCAGAGAAUUGCUCUUCAGAGAAGAAACUAAAAACAUGAUAAAUACAAAGGGAAAACAAAAGGCUACAAAAAGUAGCUAUACAAAAAAUGUUGUUAGUGAACACAGCAGAAAGGAAAAAAAGUAUUAAAGGCACAUGAAACCAGGGCCUGAAGUUUUGUGUCUGCUGCUGCUCCCUUCUUUUCAAUAUUCAACAGUGGGUCUGAAUGUCUAGCUGGCCGCUGGCCACUGGCCCGUGUUGUGUUAAGAAAGGGGAAAGGGUCAAGUAACUCCUUUCUAUUGAGACAGGAGCAUCGCGCAUCUGUGCAAGGGUCACCAAGUCCUCAUUGAGACAUUUGACUGUUGUCCUGUGAGUGCCUGCACUGGCACUUGUGAGUUCACUGUCUCGUGAGACUUUUUUUUUUCAGUUGUCCAUCAGCAAGGACCUGUGAGUCUCUAGUUUUGCAGUCUCACCCUGUUCACAUGUUGUAGUAUUCAGGUCUUAAGGAGGAGUGCCUGGUAGAUGAGAUGGUGCAGCCAUUAAGUUAUACGUUUAUACCUGGAGAAUAGAAACAGACCUUCAGCCAUUGGCUCUGCUAGAGAGGAAAUCAUGGUUCCUUUCUUAAACCUUCCAUGUUUUCUCUUAAGUAGUGCUUCUUCAUUGAGGGUAUAAUAUAAGACACUAAAAGCAAGGCAUUUCCAAUGCCAAAAAGAGGUUAGCACUUAAGGUCAGGUUCAAGAAAAUAUAGAUCCCUGAUGAAUUUCGUUGUUUGCAAUUUGAGCAGUGCUGUAAAGUGUCAUAAAUUAUACUAGUCACGGAUAACACACUUUAACCAGUUAGGUGCUGUUUCCGAAGAGAUACUCGAAAGGCAUGGUGCUUCCUUGGCUCUAUCUGCUGGAGAUUAGGCACACUAAAGAAGGGAAGAGGAUAGCUGUCCAGAGCUUUGUGUCCAGACUACUGCAGUGGGUGUUAGAGGUGUGUUAAUGAAGAAGUGUAUCAAAGAGAAGACUGAAACCAUAUUCUUCUAAUUCAGCCCAGAACCAUUGGGAGGGACUGGUGUCUCCCCUUGCAGUUGCAGUUAGAGAGGCUGCAGUAUUUUAACUGAACUUUGCAGAGCAGUAGUCAUCUCUUAAAGUGACAGAUUCUUACCGCAUAGGUCUGGUAAGAGGCAGAGGGUGUAGGGAGAGAAAGGUUUGGUUUAACUCCUGGCUCCCGAAGGAAAUUCAGUUCUGUUGAUGUAGGUAAUGUUUGAGAGGGAGAAAGGCCAAAAGAAGAUUCUCAGCACUAAAAUGGUGAUGGUUUCGGUUACUCAGUUAUCAAUGAAGGGUGUGCAAGUCAGGAAGACCUAAUAAGAAUGAUCAGAUGUCUUACUGGCACAGACAUCAAGAAAGGCAGAAUUCUAGGAAGGAAUGAGAGAGAUAACAAUGUACUUUUCUUGAGCACAAAGGGACUAGCUGAGGUUGGCACAGAGAAGGCCUAAUGUGAGGCUAGUGUGUUCUCACUGACCCAACGUUCCUUUAAGACAAGGACCUGUCCUGCUGUUACUGGGACCAAGGGCAGCAGCCUGUGGAGGCUGAAGACUUGGAUGAAGUCAGAUGCUGGGGGAGGGAGUUCUUUAUAGGAGGACAGGGCUAGUGUAAGCCAAAAGGAGCUGCCGUCUUGCUCAGUUCUGCAGAAGGGGGCGUGCCUAGUAGCUGUGCGACAGGGCUGGGAGCUAGAGUGCUGUGGAGGAGAAGGUGUGAGGAGUGUGGCAGAGUGGGACGUGUACUGUUCAACACCCAGACUCUUCCUGGGGAGUGGAAUGGUGAUUCUGUAACCAACAUAGAAGUACUUUGGAUUUGUAAUUAAAAUGGUUCUAUGAUUUGUCUUUAACUAUUCACAGAUAAUUGUAAAUUCUGGUUUUAUAAGCCCAAGUUAUUUUACAUUUGCUUUUCCAAAAUGUAUUAAAUUGAAAUUUUGUAAUCCUUUAUAUACAAAAAAGCUGCAACCACUCAAUGUGUGUUUCUCUUCCCCUUCUUAGUCAGCAUACCCAGUCCUUUUAAUCAGCAGGUAGCCUUUUCUGACCACUCUAGACAAUCCACAUAUUUUCUAGAGAAUAAAGAAGUAGCAUUUCCUUGGGAACUAGUGGUAGUUACAGUUCCCAAAUGCCAAACUUGGUCUUUCAUGUUAAGAGUUUAUCUCAUUUUGAGUACUCAAGAGAAAUCAGAGUUCAUUUUGAUUAACCUUAGAAGCCAAGAAAGAUUUUCAGAAGGAUGCCUUCUGUCCUUGGGGAGAGACUUUUCCCGGUACCCUAGGUUAACUCAGCAGGAGAGAGGCCCAUGAAAUACUAAGUGAGGCAGGCUGGGAGUUAAGUGCUUCUGUCCUCACUUCCAGAGAUCUCCGUGUGUGUUUGUGGUCCUGGAAACCUGACCUAUUCCAGGGUCCUUUUGCCUAAACUAUUGUAGAAUUGGGGCCCCAAUUUUGGAGGUGACUUAAUCCCCAAAUUCUUCCAUGGUAGGUACUUCCCCCAGCAACACAGAUGGCACUGAUUAAAUUAAGAUCUAUUUGGAAGUACCUCUUGUGUUUUCUUUUGCAUCUGGUACAUACAGUUUUAAGUGACAGAUCCAGAUAUAUAAAACUAUUUCUCUUCACUUUAUUUCCCACCUGGUUUUAUAAAUGAUUCCUGAGGACAAUAGGUAAAUUACUUAAAUGAGUGGUUGGCUUGGGACAAAUGAAGCUUGCAACUGCAUUUGAUUUAAUAAGCCGAGUCUUGUUUGUCAAGGUGCCUUCCUCUGCUGAAGCCUUACCUCCUCACAGCCUAGCCUCUUCUCAUCCAGCCACGUUAACUCUUCUCUUGUGUAUAUGCAAAUAAACCUGUUAUUCACUUCUCCUA